GCCUACUACUCCAACCGCGACUGCAGCUAGCAACUGAGAAGACUGGAUAGAGCCAGCGGCGCCACGAACGAGUAGUGAUCGCGCUCCCAACCCAGCUCUGCUCCGCAACUCCCACCAGUGUCUGUCCCUGGACCCCUCGCCUGGAUUUCCCUAAACUUCGACCAUGAUGUUCUCCGGUUUCAACGCCGACUACGAGGCAUCAUCCUCCCGGUGCAGCAGUGCCUCCCCGGCCGGGGACAAUCUUUCCUACUACCAUUCCCCAGCCGACUCCUUCUCCAGCAUGGGAUCCCCUGUCAACGCACAGGACUUCUGCGCAGAUCUGUCCGUUUCCAGUGCCAACUUUAUCCCCACGGUGACAGCCAUUUCCACCAGUCCAGACCUGCAGUGGCUGGUGCAGCCCACCCUGGUCUCCUCCGUGGCCCCAUCGCAGACCAGAGCGCCCCAUCCCUACGGAGUCCCCACCCCGUCAACUGGGGCUUACUCCAGGACCGGACUGGUGAAGACCAUGUCAGGCGGCAGAGCGCAGAGCAUUGGCAGGAGAGGCAAAGUAGAGCAGUUGUCUCCCGAAGAGGAAGAGAAACGGAGAAUCCGAAGGGAGAGGAAUAAGAUGGCUGCAGCCAAAUGCCGGAAUCGGAGGAGGGAGCUGACUGAUACUCUCCAAGCGGAGACAGACCAACUUGAAGAGGAGAAGUCUGCCUUGCAGACGGAGAUUGCCAAUCUGCUGAAAGAGAAGGAAAAACUGGAGUUCAUUUUGGCAGCCCACCGACCUGCCUGCAAGAUGCCCGAUGACCUGGGCUUCCCAGAAGAGAUGUCGGUGGCUUCCCUGGAUUUGACUGGGGGUCUGCCUGAGGCUGCUACCCCAGAGUCUGAGGAGGCCUUCUCACUGCCUCUUCUCAAUGACCCUGAGCCCAAGACAUCACUGGAGCCAGUCAAGAGCAUCAGCAAUGUGGAGCUGAAGGCUGAGCCCUUCGAUGACUUCUUGUACCCACCACCAUCCCGACCCAGUGGCUCUGAGACCGCCCGGUCUGUGCCAGACAUGGACCUGUCCGGUUCCUUCUAUGCAGCAGACUGGGAGCCCCUACACAGCAGCUCCCUGGGGAUGGGGCCCAUGGUCACAGAGCUGGAGCCCCUAUGCACUCCGGUGGUCACCUGUACUCCCAGCUGUGCUACUUACACGUCUUCCUUUGUCUUCACCUACCCGGAGGCUGACUCCUUCCCUAGCUGUGCAGCUGCCCACCGGAAGGGCAGCAGCAGCAACGAGCCCUCCUCUGACUCCCUCAGCUCACCCACACUACUCGCCCUGUGAGCGGUCAGGGAAGGGGAGGCAGCCGGCAUCCAAGAGUGCCACUGCUUUGAGCUGGUGCAUUACAGAGAGGAGAACCACGUCUUCCCUCGAGGGUUUCCGUAGACCUAGGGAGGACCUUGUCUGUGCGUGAAACACACCAGGCUGUGGGCCUCAUGGACUUGAAAGCAUCGCAUCCACAUCUGGACUCAAGUCCUCACUUCUUCCGGAGUUGUAGCAAAAGCGCAUGGAGUCUAUUGUUCCUAGUGACACCUGAGAGCUGGUAGUUAGUAGCAUGUGAGCCAGGCCUGGGUCUGUGUCUCUUUCCUCUUUCUCCUUAGUCUUCUCAUAGCAUUAACUAAUCUGUUGGGUUCAUUAUUGGAAUUAACCUGGUGCUGGAUAUUCUCGGAUUGUAUCUAGUGCAGCUGAUUUUAACAAUACCUACUGUGUACCUGGCAAUAGUGUGUUCCAAUUAGACAUGACCAAUGUUAAACUAAGAGAAAAAUUGAACUUUAUUUUCCAGUAGAUAGAACUAAAUAGCUAUAUCCACGUACUGUAGUUCCUCUUCGGCGUCAAUGUUCAUCGUGAUGUUACUGAUCAUGCAUUGUUGAGGUGAUCUGAAUGUCCUGACAUUAACAGUUUUCCAUGAAAACGUUUUAUUGUGUUUUCAAUUUAUUUAUUAAGAUGGAUUCUCAGAUAUUUAUAUUUUUAUUUUAUUUUUUUCUACCCUGAGGUCUUUCGACAUGUGGAAAGUGAAUAUGGAUGAAAUUUUAAGCAUUGUUUGCUUAUUGUUCCAAGACAUUGUCAAUAAAAGCAUUUAAGUUGAAUGCGA